UCGAUUAAACCAGAUGCCUAUCAACUUCUCCCGGAAAAAUCGAGUCUAGAUAUUUCUACUUUACAACUCAAUAUCUCUAUUAAAAACCAACUGGACAUUUCCCCCCCUGCUUUGGAGGCUUUACCGCAAAAUAUUCGGACACGUUGACUGAGCGACGCUGCACAGCGCUUUUCAAGUGUUGUCCUGGACCUGAAGUUGGCGAAUGGAUGCUCGACAGCCAGCCAUAAAUAACCUGCUAAACGCUGUGUACAAUUUACACUGAUUUUUAAGGAUCCGUGCAUGUUCUUCAUAAUCUGGAAUCCGUGUUGCCGAAGAGGAUCAUGCAGACGUCCAAUUUGUUGUGGUCGGAUUUUACUUCAAAGGAAGACAAAAUGAAUCAUCGGUUGUCAUUCCUCCUCGCAAUUUAGUUCCAGCCAAACAAGCUAGGCUAGCUCCUUGGUUUUCAAGAGGAGCGCUCAGUUAUGCAUGCUCCGUUGUAGACCAUUUACUUUUAUCAGAUAGUGGGUGAUUUUCAUUCGGAAGAAAAUGGUGAUAUUUGUGGUAUAUUAUCCCGCCGUCACUGCGUCGUCGAUGCUAUUGCUAGGAUUUGGAUCCCCGUGAGGAAAAAAAUGAGCGAAGAUUCGACAAAUCCAAACAACGAUGACAGUUAUGCGCGUGUGAGAGCAGUGGUCAUGACUCGGGAUGACUCCAGUGGUGGGUGGCUCCCCCUGGGGGGGGGAGGCCUCAGCUGUGUCACCGUCUAUAAGGUCAUCCGGGCGGAGGACAGCGGCAGCACCCACAGUGGAAGCAGCAGCAGCAGCAACCCCAGCCCCUGUAGCCCCAGUCCCAGCCCCAGCCCCACCACUGUGGAAUUCCUCGUCAAGGGGGAGAGGCUCAAAGACAAAUUGGUGGUGCUGGAAUGUGUCCUACAGAAAGACCUCAUUUACAACAAGGUGAACCCCAUCUUCCAUCACUGGAGGAUCAAUGACAAGAAGUUUGGUCUGACCUUCCAGAGUCCCGCUGACGCCCGCGCAUUCGACCGGGGCAUACGCCGGGCCAUUGAGGAUAUCGACCAAGGUUGUCCAUCAUUUGAGGAGGGGGAUGCACCUGAGGACGGACUACAGGUGUGUGAGGAGCCCCCCUCUAUCUGCACCCCCAUGAAGGAGCCCUUCUCCCCUUUGAACAGCGUCGUCUCCACCGAGCCUUUCAGGGGCUGUUACGUCCGUGCCCAGCCCUUUGAUGAGUUCCCCUCCAGCAACCGUCGCUAUCUGCCUCCACAGGUCUCCUUCAAGUCGACUCGCCAUGUCAGCUUUCACAUGGAUGAAGAGGAGAUCGUUCGGAUCAACCCACGCAAGGAUGUGCUGAUCCGCGGCUACGAGGACUACCGCCACCCUGUCAUGUGGAAACAGGAGGCCGAGCGUGAGGACUUAGACUUCCCCACCACCUUCCACAAACUGGACAGUAAGAAGUGUGAGUACCUUUUCCCCGAGGGCGCUGGUGGGGACCCCCACUCUGGCCCCUGUGUUGGCAUCGGGACAGGCAUGGGGCUAGGGCUGGGCAAGGACGCAUCCAUCAAGACCCAGCCCUCACCCUUGCUCAAAACCAAGAAAGGCCGGCGCCGACGGGAGGAUGGGGAACGCUCACGCUGCAUCUACUGCAGAGAGAUGUUCAACCAUGAAGACAACUGGCGGGGGCAGUGCCAGGAUGCCCCUGACCCCAUCAAGCAGUGCAUCUACAAAGUCAGCUGCAUGCUGUGUGCCGAGAGCAUGCUCUACCACUGCAUGUCUGAUUCCGAGGGCGACUUCUCGGACCCCUGCUCGUGCGAUACGUCUGACGAGCAGUUUUGCCUGCGCUGGCUGGCCCUGGUGGCGCUCUCCUUCAUUGCGCCGUGCAUGUGCUGCUACCUGCCACUGCGCGCCUGCCACCACUGUGGUGAGGCCUGCCACUGCUGCGGGGGCAAGCACAAGGCCGCAGGGUGACCCGUUGCCAGACACUGGGACACCCACAAAGCUAGCUAACACAGGAAGUGGAUAAAAGCGGAAGUAAAAAGCCGACAUCCUUGUUUUCAUUCCCCUCUCAGACGGGCUGACAUGUUCGAUCCCCAGCUCUGAGGGAUUUUGGAGAUUUCAGUUUGCGUUUGUCGCCGACAAGCAGCAGCGGAGGACAAACCAUAUGCUUUGCGGGGGCUCUGAGCAUCAAGCUAAGUUCAGCAGCUUAACCUGAGGAGGAGGCGUUGAGUUUAACAAGACUUGGAGAUGAUACACACACCUGUACACACACACCUCUCACAUUCACACUCAUACAUAGACAAGGCCAGGCCACCAGUAUCAGAAUUCUACUACAAGUGAUGUGUAGCUUUAUGAAGGAAAAUCGUCUUUUGUACAGAGAGCAAAAGCAUAUUUACAAAAGCGAAAACAAAACAAUUAUGAGUACAGGAAAACAAAAACUACUUGCUGUUUGAGAAUGCUAAAAGGGAUUAGUUCUUGCAUUUUUGUGAAUUUGCAAUUUGGGUAACAGUGGCCUUUCCUUCAUGGCUUAAGCAUUCGCUGAUGAUGUAAUUAUUAGACAGAGGAAAUGCACUAAAAAAUCGUAUUCUCCCUCCCAUAAAGGUAAAAUUCUAGUGGUAUAUCAACCACCAUAUUUAGUGAAAUUUAACAUUUUAGAGAUGUUCUGUGAUGGAUGUAUAGCCUAUGCGUUUCCUUGCUUACCUUUUCAUCAUUUAUUGAGAAAAUAAAGCAACGUAACAGCUUAUAUUUGAAGAUAUUGCCUGGCAGUAUCUGGCCUCUGACAGUCACUUAGAAGAUGCUAAAAUUACUUCCAUGUAUUGCCAAGGUGAUUUGGACCAUUUUAUUGAAUUCCAACAUAAAGGGAUCGAUUCCAUGAAUAGAAGGGAAAAUGGUGAUUAAUGAACCAUUGUCAAUUCCCCCCAAAUAAUGUAGAAGUUCCUUGUCAGGAUAUAGCAUUAGAACCACUUGAACCAUCUGAAUUGAGACCAAUAACAUCAAUUUCACAUUUUUCAGCGGAUUUCAUUUUUGGCCCAGUUACUUAGUGUUGUAGGAAAACUGGUGUUUUUGUUCAAUUAUGAUCAUUUUCCUAUUCAUUUUGGAAAUUAUUUUGACCCUAAAUCUGUAAUUUUGCUCAACCAGCAAGUUUUGUUUUGGUGAGUGAAGGGGUUAUGACUGCUCCUUGGUUGAAUGAUGAGGCACUUAAAUUAGGCUAUUCUUCGGUACAGAAUCCACAGGGUUAGAAUUAUUCUGUAUAUAAAAUCAACCAAUUCAGCAUGAGAAAACCUUACUUUGAAAGCACUGGUCUACAAGCUUUGGUUGCAGCACCCUCUCCAAAUUUCCAAACGUACUGUGUUUGUCCCAUGUAUUUUUUUUUUUGUGUCCAGAUGUAGUUUUGCUUCUUUUCUUUUUUUUUUGCUGCUGCUGUCAUAGGACAUAUCCUUCACAGUCCAUAGGAGCUCCUUGUGCAGGUUACCUUACCAUUGAUCAAAUCUUGAAUGAAUGGGUGCACAGCUUUCGAGCUCCAAUAAGUACUUCAAGACGUCAAAAUCCGAAUUAUUUCAUUUGUGUAGGCGCGCAUAGGUUUUUGUUUGCAUUGCCAGUUGGAAGGCAUGUAUUGUUACCACUGAAUUUGAUAUAUGCUUCGACUCUCAACAGUACAAAUUUGCUUCCUAUAUCUUAUCAUUUUCUGUUGGCCCAUACUCAAACCAAGAGAACAUCUCAGUUCCUAGAUCAUGUUAGGAAAACAGGCCCCGGGUAGACUAAUUGUCAGAAUGCAUGUGUUUUUAAAUCCCUUUUUUUUAAGGAACACAGCCAAUUCAGAAUUGUAGGUAGGUAUAUACAUUGCUUGAAUAGUAGUAGUUGACUCAAACUAUUUUCCUUAACACUGAAGCUAGCAUAUUACUGUUAAUAAACUCCCAGCAGAACUUUUAAUUUAGGAAAUCUGGCCACAUUAAGCCUAAAUUUUUGCUAACAAAGGCAUAGAUGCCUUUUUAAUUACUUUUGCAUCUCAUAACACACACCUCAUAUUUUAACAGCAGACUUGUUACGGCAUCCUUGUACUGUUGUCAACAGAUAUGCACAUCACCCAUCACCCACCCUCUUGUCACUCCUGGUUCAAUGUGGUGAUGCCUCAAUGUCUACAAGAAUGGAUUAAAGGGGAUGGGGGGGGGGCAGUUUCUUCCUGAUUCUUCCCCGGCUUUGUCCAGUGGCACCAACGCUCCCUUUACUUUCUAUGCAAACCUCUUAACACGGGACACACAUCGACCUCUCUCCAGACUGAGUCAGUGACGGGACAGGACACUUUAACGCUUUAGGUAGACGACUGACCCCUGGUACCAAACUCGAUCACCUGUAAAUACUUAAUACUCUAUUUAAGUACUGAUAAUAAUCCCAAUUCUUUUUCAGUUUUGAAAUUUAAAAAAGAUAAAGCUGUAUUUAUCGUUGCUGUCAGCAUAUACUGUAGCUUCAAUUGACAGCAUUAUGUACAUAGGUCACCUUUUAGUAUUAUUUCACAUUGAAAAGUAGAGGGCGUUUGUGAUGGAAAUGACUAUUGAGCUUCUAAUAGAGUUUCUCUUUAGUUUUGUAUGGUUGAACGAAGGAAGGAUAGUGCUAACAUGGUACAGUAGUGGCAGUCCAUUUAUUUCAACUUGGAUAUAUAUAUGUAUGUGUGUAUAUAUAUAUAUAUAUAUAUAUAUAUAUAUAUAUAUAAAGCUGCUAGAUACAAUCGCUAAUUUUGUGUCAAAAGAAAAUCAGCUAUGGAAGACUGUUAAAACAAAACGUAGUUCUUCAACAGCAUAUAACCAUGACCAUGAGUGUUUUUUCUUUUCGUUUGUUUUAUUUGUUCGUGUGCGAUGUGGGCAUAUUGAUGUGCACAUGUGUGUGUGUGUGUGCUUGCGAGUGCAUGCAUAAAAUUAUACGAGUCCUUACUCGUAUAUCUAUACAGUUGUUUCUGUGUGUGUGUGUGUGUGUGUGUGUGUGUGCGUGCGUGCGUGCGUGCGUGCGUGCGUGUGUGUGUGUGUACAAGCUAGUUUUAUAUGUGGUGGCGUGCAUGUGUAGUUUGUAAUCGAAAGGAUUUGUUAUAAUCUCCCAUUGUAAUUGGAUUUCCCUGCAUAUUGCAAGCUGAACCAAGGUUUGAUGAGCCUGAUUAAAACUUGCUGGCUGAGAAGCAAAAUGUAGGAUGUGCAUUUAUACAAAGUUUAGAGAAUACUGAAGUAACACUUCUCAUUCUGCAUUAACCAGCACAGUGCGACUUCCUGUUAUGUACUGUAUUAUAUAUGCAACAUGUGUCUGUCCGCUUUUAUAUAUAUAUAUAUAUAUAUAUAUAUAUAUAUAUAUAUAUAAUUUUUUUUUUUAUCUGCAUUAUGUAAAAUUUCGAUUUUAACCACUUUGCUGCUAGUCUUUAUCUUCUUUCAAUCUUGGAAAUUGUGCAUAUCUUUGGGAAUGCAUACAAGUGUACACUCUUGACUUUGUGUAGAUAAAAAAAAAAACGCUAUAUAAACCUGUUUCUCUUCAGUGUAUCGUUUUAAAAGGUUACUUUUCACAGCAGAUGAGUGGUUCUGUUUCAAUUCUCCAAUGCUUUGGUGCACUGAUUAUAUGUAAGCUUUUUUUCAUCUUACGGCGCUUGAUGAUGUAACAUUUAUGUGAUUAGUUCUAAAUAGUGGAAGACAUUUGUGUUUUAAAAAUUGCAGUAUAAAUGGUACUCUAACUAUUCUGUAAAACACUGCCUGUCUUUCUUUCUCUCUUUUUUUUCCCCUUUUCUUGUGCAUAUUUCUUUACUGAGCAUCCUCCUUUGAGUUUCUUAGUGCCAUCAGCUUUCACACCCUGACAACCUCGAAAAAGUGCCUCACGUCCAUCCUAGUUUCCAUCUUACGAUCUUAACAAUUCUUGUUCUGGUUCUAUUGGUUUCUAUACUAUCACGGUUCGAAAAAUACCAAGUAUAUGAUGUAAAAUUUAUAGUCCCAAUAACUCAUGUCAUAGUUGUAUUUUCUUUAUACAGAUGUAGCUUGUUACUUUUCAUAAAUAUAUAAUGUAAAUAUGCAUACAUAUGUUUGUAACUGUUUUUAUGUUACAUCAUACACUUGUAAUUUGACAUAUCAAAUAACAUUAUCAUAAUAAAAUGGUGAGU